UCGAAAUCAGCCGAUCAGUUGGUUUUUGAAACCCAAGGCAAGAUGAGUGCAAUUCGAAGUAACGAAAUUGAGUUGGGAGAGAAACUUGGAGAAGGUACUUUCGGAGUAGUGCGGAAAGGCACCUAUAAUGGCAAAGAAGUGGCAGUCAAAACCUUACUGGGUAAUAUCGAGCAGCAGCCUAUGCAACGCGAACCCUUGUACAUGACAAUGGUCAAGGGCCAUCCCCGCUUCGUUACAUUAUAUGGAAUUUGUUUGAAGGAAACUGAAACUCUGUUGGUUAUGGAGUACGUUGCAGGCGGAAGCUUAUUUGACUUUCUGCAUAAAACCAAGGAAGAAUUAAAAUUCCCCAAUGCCAUUAAUUUGUUGCAUCAAGCAGCUCAGGGCUUGGCUUAUCUACAUUCGGUUUCGGAGAAAUCUGUCAUUCAUCGUGAUGUUAAGACCCUCAAUAUGCUGCUGGACGUCGAGCGAAAAAACUUGAAAAUUUGUGAUUUCGGUUUCGUAAGGCAGGUGGGAUCUCACAUGACUAAAGAAAGUGGCACUUAUGCAUAUAUGGCACCCGAGGUGUUCAAUGAUGAACAUUACACAGACAAAUGUGAUGUGUACAGCAUGGGCAUUACGAUCUGGGAAGUUCUGGCGCGUAAGGUUCCCUAUUACGAACAUGAUAAAAUAAACAAAAUUGAAUUCGUUACUCAAAUCGAGAAAGGUGUACGUCCCUCUCUGAACGACUUAUCGGAUUGCCCGCAAGAAUUGAAAACUUUCAUUACCAAAUGCUGGGCUGGAAAACCUGAUGAUCGUCCCACCAUGCAGCAAGUCGUUGUUGAAUUGGAAAAGUUUUUGUAGAUUCAAUUAUCGAGCUGUAGUGACUGACGAAAGGUCGGUCGACAUUU